AUGGAAACCGGAGACAGUAGCAACACUGGGCAACCAGCCCAUACUGGAGUCAACACACAGCAGCACCAGCGGCAGAGAGAGGAAACAGGGGACAACCCUAGAGUUCGUGCUGAUCCUCCAGUACCAAAUGUUCAGAAUCAGGCACAGAACUACAGGGCCGAUCCAAACCCGAAUGUCUAUGUUGGGGGAGGAUUCAUAGCUCCUUUCAUGGAGCAGCAGCCUGUAUACCAACAGCCAGGCUAUGGGGUUGGGAUGCAAAAUCUUCUCUAUCAGAUGAAUCCCAACCUGGUCCAGCAGUUCGCCCAGCAGAAUAAUCAGUUUGGAGGAUCGCGGGUUGAGGACCCGAAAACUCAUAUUGUGAAUUUUGACCGAAUCUGCCAGACCAUCAAGAUGAAUGGUGUUCCUAGUGAAGCCAUCAAGCUGAGACUAUUUCCUUUUUCCCUGAGAGAUCAAGCACAGAGUUGGUUAAAUUCCUUUCCAGCCAACCACUUCAUUACCUGGGAACAACUCUACAAAGCUUUCAUGCAGGAGUAUUGUCCUUCUUCCAAGGCUGCCAAGUUAAAGAAGCAGAUCCUGAAUUUUCAACAGUUUGGCAAUGAAGAUCUUCCUGAGGCUUGGAAGAGAUUUAAGGAGUUGAGGAGGCAGUGCCCAAAAAAUUUGAUGACCCCAGGUGACUUUAUUUCAUCAUUCUAUGAGGGGUUGACUAACCGGUCAAAGAUUAUCCUAGACACCUCAUCCUUUGGGGGUAUUUUCAUUGAUAUGGGACCAGCAGCUAGAGAGCAGUUGAUUGAGAGGAUCACCUCUAACAAUACUUACUGGUACACUGAGGGGGAUGAUAUACCCAAGAGAGAGAAAGCAGCUGGGAUGUUCGAAGUUGGAGAAAAGAUGGCAAUGCAGGCUCAGCUGGACACCAUACAACACAUGCUAAAGCAGUUAGUACAGGGCCCUACUCAGAGUGUCCAGGCAGUUACUCAGCCUCCACUAAUUCCACAGAAUCCUUAUGUUCCUAACCCCUAUUCUGUGCCACAGGUACCUCUUGUAGCCUGUUGUGCAACUUGUGGUGGAAAUCAUGUAGCUCAGACAUGUCCUUUGUUAGACUUCGGUAACCAAGUCCCUCAGCCUAAUGUGGAGCAAGUUGAUCUCAUUGGUUAUUCUAGACCACAGGGCCAAGGGCAAGGUUAUGGGACCUAUCAGCAGCAAGGAAGAGAUCAGUUUGUUCCCUCUUGGAACAAUCAAGGCAAUCAAGUGAGGAACAAUCCACCAGGUUUUCAAGGUAAUCAAGGAAACAGAGGUGGCAACCAAGGAACUCAGUGGAGAAAUAAUCAGAAUAAUCAGAAUCCCAAUCAAGGGCAGUUCCAGCAAGGGAAUCAGAAUUUUGGGACCACUCAGGGUCAAGGUUUCUCUAGACCAUCUCAGGAUGUUGAUAUACAGCUUCUCAUGAACUCUAGACCAUCUCAGGAUGUUGAUAUACAGCUUCUCAUGAACACUAUGAUAUCUCAGGAUGUUGAUAUACAGCUUCUCAUGAACACUAUGAUGGCUCAGUUUGGCAAGCUACAAGCAGAGAAUUUUCAGCUGUUUGGCAAGCUACAAACAGAAAUAGAUGGUCUCAAGGCUCAGCAACAAGGAGGAGGUAAUCAGUUUUCUAAUCAACCUUCCUCUUCGAAUGGUAGACUGCCAACAAGCACAGAAAAUCCAAGGCACCAAGUGAAUGCAGUCACCACUAGAAGUGGAUUAGCUUUGAAGGACCCCCCUUUUCCUUCGAAUGAUCUAGUGCCUGAGAAAGCUGAUAAGAAGGAUGAGGGUGUUCAGGUUGAGGAUGUUCUUGAUGAUAGUGAGGAGGAGCCUAUGGUGCAGGGAGAUGGUGUUAAGGAGAAAGCUCCUGAGCAGGAUGAGAGUGUUCCAAGUAAGAAGCAUGAAAGGAAGAACAAGAAGGUAGAUGACUCGGUUAUACCUUACAACCUGUUACCAUAUCCACAGAGGUUGUGGAAAUCAAAGGAGUCUGAUAGAGAGAGCAAGUUCCAUAAGAUGUUAGAUAAGCUGGAGAUCUCCAUGCCUUUUGUUGAAGCAAUCACUCAGAUUCCAUCGUACAAGAAGUUUCUAAAGAACAUUUUAGGCAAUAAGAAAAAGCCAGAGAAGAGUGCGGUGGUGGAUCUGAGCGAAGGAGCCUUGACCUGUGCAGUUCUUCAACAUAAACUACCUCAUAAGCUGAAAGAUCCAGGUAGUUUUUCCAUCCCUUGCAUCAUUGGUGGAUUUGUAGUUGGGGGUGCUCUGUGUGAUCUGGGUGCCAGUGUUAGUCUUAUGCCAUAUUCUUUAUGUAAGAGGCUCAAUCUGAGAACACCAAAACCUACCUCCAUGACCCUACAGAUGGCGGAUCGCUCCAUAAAGCGUCCGGUGGGAGUUCUAGAGGAUGUCCCGGUCAUGAUUGAUCAGUACUUUAUACCGGGGGAUUUUGUUGUAAUAGAUAUAGAGGAAGAUGCCAAGGUUCCUAUUAUACUUUGUAGACCUUUUCUAGCUACUGCUGGUGCACUUAUUGAUGUGAGAAGAGGAAAACUCGUGAUGGAAGUGGCAGAGAACAAGAUUGAAUUUGACAUAUUCAAAAUGGCGAAGCACCAGCCCUCAUAUGUUGAUGAGUGUUACUUGAUAGAAGGGCUGGGUGAGUGCACUGCUGAAAGUAGAAAGAUUGAGUUAGGGGAUUUGCAUGUUUCCCCUAUUGAUCCUUGA